AUGGGGUCAAGUUCAAGCAACUCUGACCAGCUGGCCCAGAUUGGCAGAGCAGUCUCGACCACUGCCUCUGCGAUCUUCGGGUCGCAAUCGAUGGAAGAUACGAUUUUAUCCUAUAGCAGUCCAUACAAGAGACUCCUGCAUCAAACGAUCACACACUCCGGCUCAAGCAGCGCACUCACAAAACUGCGCAAUUCGGCAAACCCAUUUCGGAAAGAGGGCAACAAGGCAUAUCAAGACAUUUACUCUGCGUCCAACGGUCGAUCCUUUUUCGAAAACCAAUUCAGCAACACAAAAACCAGUUUCAGGGUGCUGAGUUACCUCAGCGAUGAGCUGCUAUAUGAGAUACCGAAUAGUAACAGCUCCCAGAGCCGUGGCAGAAAAUCUGGCAACCUGCUGACCGAAAAUGGCGAACAUGCCGAAGGAAACACAAAUGACGGACAAGAAGAGCCGUCGCUUUUCCAGGGUUUCACAUCGUCACUGCCCACUAUCAACGAAACGAUAUCCACGGGCUCUGUUCAGAGGGCUGCCCUUCGCACUGCAACGGAAAUUCCUGCGAAUAGUCAAGACGCGCACGAGGGUUUUUCGCUUCCAGCAGAGAUCAAUUGGGACGAGAUUAGCACUACCUCGUCAUUGGGAUCAUUGAAAGCAGCAUCUCAGAUCUUGGUAGACAGUCUGGAUCUUCUAGAAAUACAGAAAAACCUCGCGGCAAGCGAAAUAAAAGAGAUCGAUAGAAAGCUCGAAAAGCUUAAAACCGUACGCGAUCUAGUCUUCAAACGGGUGGCCAGGGUAGACCAGAAUGAGAUUUUUUACGAGAAGCAUUUAGCUCUGGUGAGAAACAGAAUUGAUCUAGUCGAAUCUAGUGGGUUAGACAGUGAAGCUUCAGAAAUUGCCGAGCAUCAUGAUACGUCUGAAUCACACGUCGAAAAUCUAAAUUUCGAGUCUAAUACAGCCUCUGCAGAAGAAAGCAAUGACGCCACAAGCAAUGAAAGCGAUGAUGAAGACACAUCCGCCCUAAUGAGCAAGUCGAUUUAUCAAAAAGUCAAAAGAAAGCAUAGUCGUUGGAGCUCUAAAGCACCGGCUAAGGGUGCUCAGCGCCAUAACGGCUCAUCACAGGCUAAGCCCCAUACCAGUCAAAGGCGACGCAAAACAUACCCCACCCUACAACAAUUCUACGAACCUGGAAGUAAAAUUUUAGCAUUACCCAAAGCUCACGAAGAUGGCAUCACUUGUCUGGACUUUGACAUGCCAUUCGGUACCAUGUGCACGGCUGGGAAGCUGGACCGCUGCGUGAAGAUUUGGAAUUUGAGCAAAGGAAUUCAAAUUGGGAGCCUUCCUGGCCAUUUGGCCUCUGUGAGCUGCAUGCAAAUGGAUGAGUCUUAUACAUUAGUCACUGGUGGACGCGACGCAUUGCUGAAGGUUUGGGAUGUCGAGAAAGCCGAGGAUGCGUUCAGGAAGAAUGGCACAGACGACGAAGAAGAAGACAUGUGUUUGCAUACGUUUGAUGCCCAUGUAGACGAGAUCACGGCGCUUCAUAUGGAAGAAAACAUUCUUGUGUCAGGCUCGCAGGACCGAACAAUUCGUCAAUGGGACCUUGCCACAGGGAGAUGUUUGCAAACAAUUGACAUCGAUUUUACCAACCGAGGCAGCUCGAACGGGCUGUCGUCGAUCAGUUCGCAGAAUCCUACCAGUAACGUGCUACUCACGCAUAAUGACCCCCCAGUCAUUGGUGCUUUGCAGUUUUACGAUGCGGCCAUGGCUACCGGUACAAAAGAUGGUGUAGUGCGACUCUGGGAUUUGAGAUCUGGGCAGGUCGUCAGGUCACUCGAAGGUCACACUGACGCCGUCACCGGUCUGCAAUUCGAUUCUGUCAACCUGGUGACGGGAUCCCUGGACCGUAGCAUCAGAAUUUGGGAUCUACGUACGGGAUUGUUGGCGGACGUUUUUGCAUACGAUCGUCCCGUCAGCAGUCUGCAGUUCGAUCUUGACAAAAUCGUCGCUGCCAACAACGAAUCUUGCGUACGGGUUUACGACCGCAAGGACGGUCGAAAGUGGAAAUGCGGGGAGACCGAGAUCGCUCCUGACAGUUCGGACGACAGCCUUGUCGAAUACGUUAGAUACAAGAACGGCUACUUGAUCGAAGGACGCACCAACGGUGAUGUCAAUACGUGGGCCGUGUAG